UUCAUUUCAAACGCACAUUCCAACCAGCUGCAGGUAAAGCUACUUCCAUCGUACAGUUUUUUCCGAGAUGAAAGAGUUUUCACUUAGCCAGAACGUGACCAUCUCGUCUUGUCCUGAGUACAUUAGUCUGACCUGCUGCCGCCAGCUCCACGUCCUGGCGUGUACUUGGGAGAAGAGUUGGAAAGUCAAAAUAGGAGAGAGCAAAAAAUAAUGUCGUUUUUCACUGAAGCGCAAGUAAAGGAGUACAACGAAAAUGGCUACAUCGUCAUACGCGGAUUGCUCACAGCGGAGGAGGUUUGCCAAACCAGGGAUGAAAUGAAGAGAAUUAUCGACAAGUGGUAUGACAAUUUUGAGCAGACGGGUGAGGAGGGCUCAGCAUGGGAGGAGAUCGUCAACCGAGACCCAGCGGUGAAGAGGGGAGAGCUAACACCAGGCAGUCGAUAUCGAGCUGUAAGAAGACUGUAUCGAAUGGCAGCGCGGAAGGAGGAAUUCUUCGUCCGGCAAGCCAAACAUGAGAAGCUUGUUGAUGCAUGCCAGAAGCUCAUUGGCAAUGAUAUCCGACUACUUCAAUCAAUGGCUUUGCUCAAACCACCUGGCACGGCGGAGAAGCGCUGGCACCAGGACAACGCGUACUUCCGCCUGACUCCGCUCGACAUCAUGGGUUGCUGGAUUGCCAUUGAUCGGACUUUUCUGGAAAAUGGAUGCAUGCAUGUUGUCAGCAAGUCUCAUCACGCUGGUGUUGCGCAGCACAAGGUUCCCGAGUGGGCACGUGAAGAUCAAGGUGGUAUGCUGUACAGCCUUGCAGAUGCUCCUGAAAGUGCUGAGGUGACAGCAUUGCCCAUGGAGCCUGGAGAUGCUCUGCUAUUCCACGGAGCAUUGAAGCACUUCACACCGCCAAACAAAUCCAACUGCGAUCGCUAUGCAGUUCAGUAUCACUAUGCAGCUGCUCAUUGUCAGCCAACUGUGUGCCCAAUUGACAUGGAAAAUAGCGUCCAAGCUACUGGAGGAUCUGGUGAUGAUGAUAAGCGACAUGCUGCAUUUGACUGUGAUCCGUGUGUGGAACCACAGUUCUGGUUCUUCCGUAAAGCGGAGAUGACAGUAGUGGGAGAAGAGCAGGGAGGAGUGUAUGUAUGAAAUGUACUUACACCACUGCUGAUACUGCAUGACAUCAUACAUUCAUUGUGUAGGUAUUCAGUAUUAGACUUUACUAGGAGGGGUUCCAGGGUUCCGCUGAACCCCCUAAAUUUCGUAAAGGAACUACUGCCACCAUAUGCGUGUCCAUGUACAUGUAUCAGCGCUUCUUUUUUGACUGGAACACCACUGUAGAGAUCGCUGGAUCCGCCGCUGGUGUUGUUACUGACAUUUUGAACCUCGCUCGUUCGCGAUUUGGAAAAGGCAGUAAGGCACGGUACACAAUGAUGCCUUAGUGCACAAGUAUGUGUUAUUGCAUGUGUGCAUGGGUCACUGUGUGUGUGUGUGUGUGUGUGUGUGUGUGUGUGUGUGUGUGUGUGUGUGUGUGUGUAUCUGUGUGUGUGUGUGUGUGUAUCUGUGUGUGUGUGUAUGUGUGUGUGUGUGUAUCUGUGUGUGUGUGUGUGUGUGUGUGUGUGUGUGUGUGUGUGUGUGUGUGUGUGUGUGUGUGCGUGUGUAUCUGUUUGUGUAUGUGUGUCUGUCUGUCUGUCUGUCUCUUUAUCCUUCUGUCUGCACAAGUCCAAUAGUAAAUACCUUUUUAUUACUUGAGAAACAAUUCCUUGCAACUGUGGUUACUGCAUCAUUACUUGACCCAUCCAGAUCUUUAUUGCUUUAUUGCAAAUCAUUUGCCAGGGCAUACUUGAAGUGUGUUCACACAGCUGAUACAUACUUGUAUACUUCAUGAUAAUUAUUAUUAUGUGAUCAGUUUUCUGUAACGAAAUUCUAGAUCUGAAGACCUGUUGUAGCUCAAUUUAUGACACAAUGUUGUUGAAUUUCUUGAUAAACGGCCUUCCGUGCAUUCCACGGUGCCGCUUCUUGAUAAUGGUGAUCUGGGCGAAAA